AGCGCCAGAGGCCAUUAUAUAUAUAUAUAUAUAUAUAUUUAUUCUUCGCGCUGGACAAAUAUUAUUAUUUCUGUCCCGUCGUCGUCCCAUUCCCAUUCCCAUUCCCAUUCCCAAUUCCAGCUCUGCCCCAAAACCACAAGAAAAGAAACCGAGAUCUGAGAAUGAGGACAGUCGACGACGUUAUGCUGCCGUGUUGACUGACGUUUUUGUUUGAUGUUUCGUCCCGCAACCGAGCCGUCCCGUCUUUUCUUAUCGCCCCGGCCUGAGCCUGCCCUAGCAGCUUACGAAGUUAAGGUAACGAAGUAACUUCGUAACCUUGCUCAAGGUCCUCCCACCUCAUCUCAGCUUCGAGAGCUCCCACCACCAGUGACAGCACCCCACACCCACACCCACAACUGCAACUAUAAACACUCUUGGACGACAAUAGCAAUUUCGUCCUCGAGAAACAGCUUUCGUCCUCCGCCUCCGCCUCCCCCUCCCCCUCCCCCUCCGCCUCGCCCUUCUCCGCACUUCCUGUUUGUUUGACUGGCAUCUCGACGCUGGAAAGCUCGAGGUCGCAACCAGUCCCUCCCUCCCAGAUGGAGUCAUGAUACAAAUGCAGAGAUCCCUCUCCCUGCCUGGGCCCGCGCACGCCUCUCCUCGUAAGUUGUCUGCUGUACAGACCUUGCGGCUUUCUUUAGUUUAGUCUCGUCGGCGAAUGUACAACACUUGGAAUCGUUUACUGACAAACAGCAUCUGCAGCUGUUUCCCCUACUAUUACACAGGUCUCGUCGCGAAGUCCAACUCCUUCCCCUCCCGAAAACACUGUUGUCCCUCCCAGGCUUCAUCGAUACCAAUCUCGCAGCCCUCAAAGACCUCCGACUUCAUAUAAAGAGCCCGCAGACCGAGAAAGAACUCGGAGUGCUACAAGACGCGCCUCUCCUUCCCCCGCACCACGUAGGAAAGAUGCCCCGUCGACUGUGACAGCCAAGUCAAGCGUACCAGACGGACCAGCCACUCCGACCAAACCACCACAAUUACCCUUACUCCAGGAUAUCUCUCAAUAUCUGAAUCCGCACUUUAGCUCUGUGACUGCUGCCGUUGCUACCACAACCUUGGAAGAGCUCGCGCAUUUGGUCCGGCUUUCCACAUACCAGGAGAGGAAGAGAGCCCACUCUCGCAUUCGGUUGCAGAGGUCUCUAGUUUCAACAGCUCUAUCCGCUCGUCUGGCACGAUGCGGAGAGUUGGCGCAUAGAACCUUGGUUGACAACUUUAGGGCCGAUGAGAAGAAGAAUUUUGCGAGUCUUUACAAUGCCAUUCAUGAUGUCCGAAACUCAUGCGAUGCAACACGUCGGUAUGCGCUUUUGGAACCAGACCUGGAUACUUAUCGUACGAAUUCCACAGGAACAGGAGAGUCUGGAGCCUUGUCAUCUUCUACCUUCAUGCAUGAGAUACCCCAGCGUUCUCGCGAUAGCUUAUUGAAAUUUUUGACCCAGAUCAGGACAAAUCCGGAUUAUUUGGCCAGCCGGAUUUGUAGCCUUUCACCUGCAGAAUUGUCUGCCUUAAUAGUAUUCCAUCAAGGAAUGGAGAGCAUCAAUACUGUUUUGCCGUAUCACAAUGCCCGUUCAAAAGGCCAUAUUUCCAACAAUCAUCGCACUUCCGCGCAUAUACCCUCUCCAGUUGAGCGUUUGCUUUCUUUCCAGCGUCAUGAUCCCUUAUCUGCUCUGAUCCAUACUUGCUUUGCAAACUCAGCCGGCCCUGACUCUGGGGAAGACCUUCGGCGGACAGAUGUGUGGGCCACCACAUGCGCCAGGUUGAUUACCAUGGGGAAGACUGGUACCGAAACAUUUAUCAUUUGCGUGUUAAACGUAUGGACUGCCAUGCGUGAUUGGUCCGGAAAGCCUAAUAUGGAAUGGUAUCUAAUGAAAAUACUCGAGGAUGGAGCUUUCCUCCUAGAAAAGGCUGAGGAUCAAGCAGGUACUCGUAUCCAUGUUGAGCCACGGAAUACCAAAGAUACCAUUGCUGCAGAGGAAUUCUAUGAUGCAGCAGUCCUCGGUCUCUUUCAACUUGUUGAUGACCCUGGAGCAGGCGGGAUUCCGGAAGGACUCGUCGAACUUGGAAAUGCCAUUUUAAGGAAACUGGACCCAAAGUUACACUUCUCUACCAGGAAGUUUUUUGUCUCCAGAUGGUUCUUCUCUGUCUUCCUUUCUAGUGUCAUUAUUCAUCCCGAGUACUUUGGGAUGAUGGCUGAAUACCACAUCACUGAAUAUGGGAGACAGAAAAUACUGAAAGAAGUUGUAAUGAGAGCACAUAAAUUGGUGGCGGACAUGCUCUGGAGAGACACACCAUCAACGCCACUUGCUGUCAAGUCUCAUAUUGAGAACAUCAUGGCUCGAUUCCGGUCAGGCAGACCCUCAAGAUCCAAGGCGAAGCUGCUUCCAGCUAGGUCCAUAACUUCCUUGAGAGAGACCGUGGAGGUUCAUCCGUACCUAGUCUUGGGUCCGUCAGAUCUUCUGACCAUGAUCAAUGCCCUCUUCCCAGAGAAACGGCCAGCUUCCAGUUCCUUGGCAAAGGAUAUCCCAUUCGGUAGUAUACGCUCUUCUGCUUCUUCGGUCUCUGGGAUGUCUACCAUUCUUCAGUCGAGUCCAAGUACGACACCGCGCAAUGCAUUCGACAAUGUUUCUGUCAUUAGCAACAGUGGAUCUUCUGUCAUUAGUGAUUUUACUACAUCUCACGAGCCAUUACUCGAAGAGAACACCAAGUCGCGACAGAGCAAUUACGAGGAUGACGGAUUUGAGCUUCGGGUUGCCCUCUAUGAGAUGACCCAAACACUCGGUGCUGAAGGCGUGGAUGGCCGCUGUCACCCUUGUGCAGAAAAUUGGACUGUUCUGUUCAUGUCCCCAGAUGGCCAAACUUUGUCUCAUCAACUACCCCAUGAUCCAGACGACGACGACCACGAGGAGGAGUUCACUACAAGUAGUGACAGUGAUGAUGAGAUUCCCAGUUCUCGGCCAGACCUGGAUAAAGACUAUCACCAGCUUCGGAAUUCUGUCUUGAAGCUAGUUGAAGACUAUGAGAUUCCUCAUUCUCUCCGUCCCAAAUCCGAGUCAGAAACAUUCAGCAACCGAACUUCUACUUUGGAGAGCCCAAGAAAGAAGUACCGUAGCAGGCCCGGAUCAUCGUCGCAGCCCCAGUCACAGUCGAAAAACCCAUAUCGUGUCCAAGAUAACGCGUCCGUUCAAGACUCGAAGCAGUCUUCCAAGCAGCGUCAUGAUUCUGAUAGCGAGAGGCAGCCUGACAGAGAAGCGCCAUCAGUUCUCAUCGCAAUGCUCGAAGCAGCUGAGGCGCAAUGCCAAGCACAGUCGGAUUUUGUCAAUGCUCAUUUGUGGUGGAAGACAUUGAGUCAACUGCAUCAUCUCUCAUCACCAUCUCUGAAACGUGAUGGCUUUGCAUCUCUUCUCAGCAUCUUCUCUCGGGGUCCAAGAGACUCUAUUCGACGAUCUACGAGCGCUAUCGAAGAAUACGAUGCAUGGCUUGUAUGGCUGAAACAGUCUCAAGAGCGACACGAUGUCACGAUUGAAACUAUGAUGAAGCGGCUGAAGGCGAUUCGUGACAAGAUGUGGUAUGUUACAGAUGUGAAAAACUCGGCAGCUUACGAAGGAGCUCGAAAUAUUGCCAUGGCAUUAAAAUGCAUGGCAUCUCCGAAAAAGGCCACUUAUCUCCCGCCAGCUGGACUUAGGCCUCGAAACACUUCCAAGUCAUCGACCAACAACUUUCUUCUGAAGACUGAGGUCCAAGUGAUGGAUAUGAUGGCUGCCAGCGACGAACAAGGCGGCCCCAACAAGUUAUCUGAUGAACAAUCAGAAAAGACCAUGCGGUGGCUCUCUCAAUUUGGUAUCGAAAACUUUUGCAAAGGCGAGGAAAGAAUUCAUCGGUUUUGUUUGGAGCUUGAGACUUGUAUCAACAAACUUGUCGGCGAUAAUCUUAUGGAAGGCCCUGUUUUGUGGUCUAGCGAGCUCUAUCAACGAGAUAAACGCCUUUUAGAUUGUGGCAGACAGAAAAGCGAUUUCUUCGUCGGUGGUCUCGGAUCACUGAAUUUAUCUGGGGAUGAUCACAACGAUACCGAAAUUGCUCGGCGAGGUCUUCGCAGCACGGACUUUAAUCGACCAAGUCCCGGCAUUCGCGAUCUUCGCUCAAUGUCAGCUAGAAAUAAUUCUCAACAGAGCUUUGAUUCUGGUAGGUACAGCAUGCCAAGGAUGACUAACACGGGAGAUUUGAUGGACUCUCAAGAUUACUUUGGGAUGGCCAGUCCAGUCUUGACUAUCGACUCCUCGACAACUUUCUGGUCACCGUUCCAAACACGAGCACAGUCGCCGACCACGAGCAUUGGUAGUCACCGUCCGGGAACUUCAUCUUCGUCGAUGAAUGAAACAGUCACGAUGAAAGAAGAACGCGCUAGCUUGACCAAGCAGAGGUUUCUCACAGACCUCAAGCAGACCCUUACCAGUUUGUUGAUCAGCGAUCUGGGCACUCUGGUAUUUGCGAGAGGAAGUGAAACGGAUUCUUGGUUCUCUGGGUCCCUGGGAGAGGAUUGUAUCGAGCGCAAGGAACGCACUGAGCGGAAGAUACGACGCAAAAGCAAGAAGAGAACGUUGGAAAAGAAGAAAAGCUUCAGAGACUUGCGCGGUGCUCAGAAAAUUGAAAUACCCUUGGAAGUUCCCGACAAUCUUAGUCCGAGGAUGGAAAGAGGGCCUUCUUCUGUUGGUUCAAGAUCAACAGAACAUGGAACGCCUGAUGUUCAUUCAACGACAGAGAGCUCUACCAGCGAGCAAAUUGGAAUUGGGGUGCGAAAAAUUGUUUCCAAGGACCUCGACUCCCCGGAUUUUCCAUAUCGGAAGGCUUUCAUGCGCCUCCUACGUAUGUUCUCAGUGCAUCCGAAUCCUUAUUCGAAACUGAACGCCUUGUUUGAGCUGGAACACCUCAUCAUCGCGUAUCUUACCCCUGCAACUCCUCGUCGACCACGUCUUCGACAAGAAUCAUUAACUGCAGCUCCUCAGUCGCCAGAAGUUCAACAUAUAAAUGCUUUUGGCCACACAGACAUUGCUACCACUACACCACAAGCAAAGAACCUAGAGGAAGCCAUUGGGAACUGUAGGGAACGACGAUCACAUACUCUUGAACAAGCUGACAAUGUUUUACCUACCAAUCGCGCGAAUGAUAGAUCUCUAACAGUCACAAACCCAGCGAGUACCGAUAUGAUCGUUGACGUUCUACAAGACCUGUUUCGUGACGCAGAGAUUCGACCCAAGACACUUUUCCGAGAUCUUCAGUUCAUUGCAUCGUUUGUGCCAGCAUCCGUUCUCGACAAGACAGAACGUGGUAAAGCUUUCUGGGACGCAGGACUUGCUGCUUUAGGAUUAAAGCAAGAUGUUGUCCGAACCAUGAUCGAAAUUGCAGACGAGGUCGUGGUACACUACACACAGACACGAAAGACUGCUUUCACGCCUGCUACCAAUUCGUCUACUCACACUACAGCCAGCGGCGAGCUCAUGAAAUACAGCAUGCAAGAAGCUGCCAAGAUGUGGACCAUAACCGCCAAAGAAGGCGACCCGGUUGCUGAGCGUGAGCUGGCUAUCUUUUACCUCACCCACCCAGAGCUAGUCGACAGAGUAACCGCUCCUUUGAGCAAGCCCAGGGAGACCUUCAAGGCACAGGUGAUGGAGAUGCAUGGCGGGGGCAGCGCUGGGAAGGAGGAAAGAGAUAGGGAGAGGAGUGAUCCAGCCACCAUGUGCGUAGCAUAUCAUUGGAUGGAGUUGUCGGCCGUUGGAGGAGACGAGUUGGCGAAGAAGUACCUGAGGCAAAGGGAGGAGUUGAAUGCCAUCCCCUGAACUUGUUGGCUACGUUUUCCUGUUUUUGCUGUUGCCUACAUAUACCCAUGAUAAAAUUCUGUUGGAUGACCGAAUUAAUGAAUAGCAUAAGUGGUGUUUGAAUGUUUGACGAUGAGAUAGAUAAUAUUUUAUUUUGGCUAAUUUCUGUUCGGGUUUGUGGAGUACAUUGGUCACGGCAUACAUAGCACAGCAUAAGAGAUACCUUGCAAUUGCAUUUAUAGAUUUACAAGCCAUUUGAAUCAGAUACAAGUUUUUUAUCAAUC